CCUACGCUCUCUCUCCGUCUGGGUAUCACAACGUUUCAUCUCUGCGACGACGCUUCCUUUAUCAAUGGCGAAUUCAAACUCAUACCUUACCACGCCCACUAAAACCCCAUCUUCUAGAAGAAACAAUCAGUCUCAAUCGAAGAUGCAAUCUCACUCCCAGUCCCAGGAUCCGGCCGCUUCCGAGACUAGGUCACGAUUCGAAGCCUACAGUCGUCUCCAAGCAGCCGCCGUCGCCUUCGGCGAGAAGCUCCCGAUACCGGAGAUCGUAGCCAUCGGCGGUCAAUCAGACGGCAAAAGCUCUCUCCUCGAAGCUCUCCUAGGGUUCCGAUUCAACGUCCGCGAGGUCGAAAUGGGAACGCGCCGUCCUCUGAUUCUCCAGAUGGUUCACGAUGUAUCAGCGUUAGAGCCACGGUGUAGAUUUCAGGAUGAAGAUUCUGAAGAGUAUGGAAGUCCGAUUGUUUCGGCAACGGCAGUGGCGGAUGUGAUUAGGUCAAGAACGGAGGCGCUUUUGAGGAAGACUAAGACGGCUGUUUCGCCCAAGCCGAUUGUGAUGAGAGCUGAGUAUGCUCAUUCUCCCAAUCUCACUAUCAUCGACACCCCUGGCUUUGUUCUUAAGGCGAAGAAAGGAGAGCCUGAGACCACACCUGAUGAAAUUCUAUCGAUGGUCAAGACACUGGCUUCUCCUCCGCAUCGUAUCCUCUUGUUCCUUCAGCAGAGUAGUGUGGAGUGGUGCUCUUCUUUGUGGUUGGAUGCUGUUCGUGAGAUUGAUUCAAGCUUCCGGAGGACAAUUGUCGUUGUCUCCAAGUUUGAUAAUCGACUCAAGGAGUUUGAUGAUCGCAGCGAAGUUGAUCGUUACCUCAGUGCUAGUGGGUACCUUGGGGAGAACACUCGUCCUUACUAUGUGGCAUUGCCUAAAGACAGGAGCACUGUCUCAAAUGAUGAGUUUCGUAGACAGAUAUCUCAGGUGGACACUGAAGUUAUAAGGCAUUUACGAGAGGGAGUCAAGGGAGGAUUUGAUGAGGAGAAAUUUCGUUCUCAUAUUGGUUUCGGGUCGUUAAGAAAUUUCCUAGAGUCUGAGCUUCAGAAGAGGUACAAGGACGCUGCUCCAGCAACACUAGCUUUGCUUGAACAGCGCUGCUCUGAGGUGACUGAUGAUAUGCUGAGAAUGGAUAUGAAGAUUCAAGCUACUUCUGAUGUCGCUCAUCUUAGGAAAGCAGCAAUGUUGUAUACGGCUUCUAUUAGCAAUCACGUGGGAGCAUUGAUUGAUGGAGCUGCAAAUCCAGCACCUGAGCAGUGGGGGAAAACAACUGAAGAAGAACGUAGAGAGAGUGGCAUUGGGAGCUGGCCAGGCGUGUGUCUGGAUAUUAAGCCGCCUAAUGCUGUUCUUAGCCUCUAUGGAGGAGCUGCUUUUGAAAGAGUGAUUCAUGAGUUUCGUUGUGCGGCUUACUCAAUCGAGUGCCCUCCAGUGUCAAGAGAGAAGGUAGCUAACAUUCUGCUAGCUCAUGCUGGGCGUGGAGGUGGUAGAGGAGUUACAGAAGCUUCAGCAGAAAUUGCUAGAACCGCAGCACGGUCAUGGCUCGCUCCUCUUCUGGACACAGCCUGUGACAGGCUUGCCUUUGUGUUAGGAAGUCUCUUUGAAAUUGCUCUCGAAAGAAACCUGAACCAAAACUCAGAAUCAGACGAGAAGAAAGCUGAAAAUAUGGAUGGGUACGUUGGUUUUCAUGCUGCUCUACGGAACUGUUACAAUCGUUUUGUCAAGAACCUUGCGAAACAGUGUAAGCAACUAGUUAGACACCAUCUUGAUUCAGUGACCAGCCCAUACUCCAUGGCAUGCUAUGAGAUGGACUACCACCAAGGAGGAGCUUUUGGCUCUUAUUACAAACCUAACCAAGCCUCAGGUAGUGGUUCGUUUUGCUUCGAGCUCUCUGAUACAGGGCGUGAUGAGCCAAUGAAAGAUCAAGAAAACAUUCCUCCUGAGAAGAGUAAGGCCCAGGAGACAACACCAGGAAAGGGAGGAGAAACCCACAUAACAGUCCCUGAGACGCCAUCACCAGACCAGCCAUGUGAGAUAGGGUAUGGUUUGAUAAAGAAAGAGAUUGGCAAUGGUCAUCAUCAUGAUGGUGGUGGAGCCAGAAAAAGAGUGGCGAGAAUGGGAGGAAGCAGGAACAUAGAGCCGCUUAGGAUUCAGAACGGAGGAGGUGGGCUUCUGUUUGGUAACACGGAUGACGGAAUGAAAUCAAGCUCUGCUUACAGUGAGAUAUGUUCAUCAGCUGCACAACAUUUUGCUAGAAUACGUGAAGUACUUGUGGAAAGAAGCGUAACGUCGACUCUAAACUCAGGGUUUCUAACUCCUUGCCGAGACAGGCUAGUGGUUGCACUUGGAGUGGAUCUGUUUGCAGUGAAUGAUGAGAAGUUCAUGGACAUGUUCGUUGCACCUGGAGCUAUUGAUGUACUGCAAAACGAACGUCAACAGCUUCAGAAACGUCAGAAGAUUCUUCAGUCUUGCUUGACUGAAUUCAAAACCGUGUCUCGUUCUUUGUAAUAGGAAAUGAGAAUGAUCAUUGUCCUUAAUGAUGUUUCUAUUCACUGUAACAGGGGAAUAUUGUCUUGUGGCUAUACGUUGUUUCAUGACUAAACCAAGAAAAUUGAUCUUGUUUUA